ACCCCUCCUGGACAGUAGGUGUCAGUCACUUGUAGUCAGGUUCAACCCCAGGGCUUUCACAGAGGAAAAAUCUUGCAGUGAAUGGACGGUGUUGCUGUUGUUGCUUAACGUUACAGCAACUUCAUCUAUAGAGCAUCUGUGCAAUGGACAAGUUUGUCGAGGACACAGUGAAGGUGCCAUUUGGGACUAAGUAUCUAGAGGCUGCCCUGUCUUUUCCUGCUUCAGUAACAGAUGUUCACACGGCCGUCAUUCUCACUCAUGGGGCUGGUGGAGACAUGAACUUCAGACAUCUGGUUUCUCUGGCAAAUGCCUUAGUUUCAUGUGGCUUCCUUUGUCUCCGUUUCACAUGCAAAGGUUUAAACUUGGGUUAUAGAGUGAAAGCUUACCGUGCUGUGUGGGACUACUUGAAGUCUCUACAGAAGUUUACCAUAAAGCACAUAUUUGUUGGAGGCAGGUCAAUGGGAUGUCGUGCUGCUGCAGCCUUAGCCAGGCAGCUGAGUGAUGAAUCAGAGGAUGCAGUGCAGGGUGUCAUCUGCCUGUCUUUCCCACUGCACCCCCCCGGUCAGACACACGCCCAUCUGCAAAGGAGUGAAGACCUCAGGGGGCUACCUGAACACAUGCCUGUGCUGUUUGUGUCAGGCACUGAGGACAACAUGUGUGACAGGGACCUUUUUGAAGGGACGGUAAAAGAAAUGAAAGCUCAAGUUGAGGUUUUCUGCCUAGAAGAAGGCAGCCAUGGACUAACAGUGAAGGGAAGGGCGGAGGACUCUGUGUUGGAUGAAGUGAACUUACAAGUCAUUACCUGGAUGAGUAAGCAGAUAGAUUAAUUUAUGUUAACAGAUUUUUUUUAUGUUUUAUUAGUUAAAUAAAGCCUAUAUUUCCAAAAUGUGGUCAAGUUUUUAUUUAUUUUUAUAAUUAUUAUUAUUCAUAACACUAUUAUUUAUAUAAUAGUGUCUUUUAGCAGAGAAAGUAUUCUCUCUGUUUCCUGCCCAGGGACUACAGAUGAAAAUUAGCUCAUAGCCAACCCUGGUGCAGCUAAGUAGCUGUGCACUGUCCCUGUUAAAUAAAUAAAAUACUUUUAGAAAUUCUUUAAGGAGAAAUUAUUUACAGAGAGAAAAAAAACACAC